UAUAAUGUUAGUGUACUAUCUUUGAUAAAUCCUGGUGCCAAAGUCAAGAGAUGCAAUGACUAGAUGACCAGCCACUACACACACCAGCAUCCUGUCCUGGAGCCUUGACAGGAGGGGAGGAGAAAAAUACACACACACUUAAAGGCAAAACACUCUCUUCAACCAGUCCCACAUCCACUGGAUCAUGUCGUCUACUGGGUCAACCAACCACAACAAGCGUCUGGCAUCGGAGACAGACAACUCUCAGCGGGUGUUAGACAACGAGUCUGCCCAGCACCUGAAGCUGAGGGAGAGACAGCGCUUUUUUGAAGAGGUUUACCAGCAUGAUGUGGACAACUACCUGCCCUCGGCUCACCUGCAGGUCGACUGCAGGAAACCCCCUAUGGGAAGCAUCUCUUCUAUGGAGGUGAACGUGGACGUCCUGGAGCAGAUGGACCUGAUGGACAUCUCGGACCAGGAGGCCCUCGAUGUGUUCCUGAACUCAGGAUCAGGAUCAGAUGACGGACCACUAGCAUCUCCUCUACCAGAGGCUGAGGAGGAAGAAGAGGACGAGGAGGAUGAAGAUGCAGAGGUUGUGUAUAGGGAACGGGCGCCUUUAAAACGGCAAGACGAAGUUCACCGCAGUUCAAAGUCUCGCAUGUCCUCAACAUCAUCUGGCUCCAGCGACACCAGCGGGGGAGGAGUCGACACACCUGUGAUCCAGUCGGAUGAUGAAGAAGUUCACGCCGACACUCUGCUGCUGACCUCUGUCCCUCACGCCAGGGACGAAGAAACAGAAGAAGAAGACGAGGAGGAAAGAUGCCUUGCAACUAAAUCUCAAUAAAGACUGAAUUUUACUGUGUAGAGAGAUAUAGAGGUGGUGAAGAGUCUCUCU